UAUAUUUUCCGUCCUCUCCAGCUCCAAGGCCAAGCACAGGCCCUCCCUCCCUCCCUUCCCUGCAUCCGCCACUCCCACUCUCUCCCUCCCCACCUCCUCCUCGUCCCGUUGAAUCAUUCAGCUUUUGAAACUAUUUUUUUGUGCUCUCAAGGCAAAAGAGCACACUUAACUCUUCCACGCCUGUCUCUCUCUCUCUCCCUCUCCAGUCACACACACACUAUCUCUGUCCAUCGGCCGAUCGGCGGCAUGGCCACGCCAUUAGCUCCAGCGAGCUCCUUCAUUACCAGGCCACUGGCGCUGGCGCUAGUGCUCGUCGCGGCCGCGCUCUGCCGUCCGGCUUCCUGCGCAGCCGCCGCGGCCGCCGCGGACAGGAUCACGCGGCUCCCCGGGCAGCCGGAGGUGAGCUUCGGCCAGUACUCCGGCUACGUCGGCGUGGACGGCGACGGCGGCGGCAAGCGGGCCCUGUUCUACUACUUCGUGGAGGCCGAUGCCCCCGACCCUGCCUCCAAGCCUCUCGUCCUCUGGCUCAACGGCGGGCCUGGGUGCUCGUCGCUGGGCGUAGGGGCCUUCUCAGAGAACGGGCCGUUCCGGCCUAGUGGGCAGGUGCUGGUGAAGAACGAAUACAGCUGGAACAAAGAGGCCAAUGUGAUAUACCUGGAGACGCCGGCUGGCGUUGGCUACUCAUACUCUGCCGACGCUGCCUACUACCAGGGCGUGGAUGACAAGAUGACAGCCAUGGACAACAUGGUGUUCCUGCAAAGGUGGCUCCAAAAGUUCCCACAGUACAGGGGCAGGGACCUGUACAUCGCCGGAGAAAGCUACGCAGGGCACUACAUCCCGCAGCUCGCCGAGGCCAUGGUGGAGUUCAACAACAAGGAGGAGAGGAUCUUCAACCUCAAAGGCGUCGCCCUGGGCAACCCGGUGCUGGAGUUCGCGACGGACUUCAACUCCCGCGCCGAGUACUUCUGGUCGCACGGCCUCAUCUCCGACGCCACGUUCCGCGCCUUCACCUCCGCCUGCAACUACUCCCGCUACGUCGCCGAGUACUACGGCGGCGCGCUGUCGCCGCUGUGCGCCAGGGUGAUGAACCGGGUGACGCGCGAGACCAGCCGCUUCGUCGACAAGUACGACGUCACGCUCGACGUCUUCCUCUCGUCCGUGCUCUCCCAGUCCAAGACCCUCUCGCCGCACGAGCAGGUCGGGCAGCGGGUCGACGUGUGCGUGGAGGACGAGACGGUGAGGUACCUCAACCGGCGGGACGUGCAGGCGGCGCUGCACGCGAGGCUCGUCGGCGUCGACAAGUGGGCGGUCUGCAGCAGCGUUCUCCAGUACGAGCUGCUCAACCUGCAGAUCCCGACCAUCAACGUCGUCGGAUCGCUCGUGAGAUCCGGGAUCCGAGUGCUGGUUUACAGCGGCGACCAGGACUCGGUGAUCCCUCUCACGGGGAGCCGGACCCUGGUACAGAGCUUGGCGCGUGGCAUGGGGCUCAAGACCACCACCCCCUACAGAGUCUGGUUCGAAGGGCAGCAGGUUGGAGGAUGGACACAGGUGUACGGAGGCGGCGCGCUGUCCUUCGCCACCGUCAGAGGCGCCUCCCACGAGGCGCCCUUCUCGCAGCCCGGCCGGUCGCUCGUGCUCUUCCGAGCGUUCCUGCAGGGCCAGCCUCUGCCCGAAACCUUCUCGUGAUGAGCAAUGGCUGGCUGGCUGGCUCUGGUGCGGCUCUUGAUCUGAAGGCAAGUCACUGGUUUCCUGGACGCAGCAGCUCUUCUGCGCGUGCGAGGGGGUGGGUUUUGCACUCUAGUAAACUGUAAGAAGGUGUUCCGGUGUGUUCGCUGUUUCUUCAGCAUCCAAGGCUCGGCAAUUGUCUAGAGAAGUGGAAAGAAUUCGUCUCUCGUCUGCGUGUGUUCGUUUUUGUCUGUAAAUGUUCUGCUAGUGCUGCAAGAACAUUGCAUAUUCUUGGACA